AUGACAUUAACUGAUAUUGCUUCACAAGAUGGUUCAUAUGUUCCAUUUAUACUUGAAUAUGAUGAAAAAGAUAUAGAAAAAACAUCGAAUUAUUCAAUACGUGUACGAAUUGUUGCUGAUGGUAAAACACGUUUUAUUACCAGUUCCAAUAUACCUGUGCUUACUAAAGGUUAUGGUGAUAUGGUUGAUAUCAAAGUAGAAAAAAUCGAUUUAAUGUAA